UAUGACAGAUGACAGAUCUUUCUGUCUACAGAUGACAGAUGACAGAGAAGUGACAGGUGGAUAUUGAUAUCUAUUUUGCUAAUUUGUAGUACAAUCACGUAAAAAAUCUAAUUUUAAGUAAAUUGAUUACUAGUUCUUUUAUUUAGUUCUAAUAGUUUAAUACUCAAAGAAAUGUCUGAUGGAAAUACGACAGAUGCAAUGCCGAGUCCUCCAAGGGACCAAAAUAAUCAGUAUCAAAAUAAAUCAGAAAACAUAAAACACAGGAGCAGUUUUCGUUCGAAUAAAGGCGUUUUUGACGAGGAAAGUUUCCCAAAACCUCCACCGUCACAACAGGUGACAGUCAUUAAUGUACAAAAUUCUAAAGUGGUUCAUAUUGGCACUGUUAAUAACUAUAAUAUGUGCCAGAGCAAUAAGAACAAAGGAACCCCAAAGGUUGAACCAACGGAAAGUAUUAAUGCACUAAGAAAAAGUAAAAAUCCGGUAACCGAAGACGAUAUUUUAUUCUUGUCUGAUCAUAUGAACUCAAAAUGGGUAACCCUUGCAAGGCAUUUUAAAUACUCACAGGGCAAGAUUGAACAAUUUGGAUAUAAAAGAACCGACUUAAAAGAAAUAAUUUAUCAGUUCUUGCUGGAUUGGAUUCGAAACAAUGGUACUAAAAAAGCCACUGUAGGAGUUUUGGCUGAAGCACUAUGGCAAUGUGAUCAACAAGAAGCCUUAAACAUAUGGUCACAACAAUACUCAAGUUAAAUUGUGUUUUGUUUUCCUUAUGAAUGCUUUUUGUAUACUGUAUAGUAGUUUUAAUGGAAAAAAUUAAUUUUGUCAUUUAUAUAAAAGCAUAUUUUUGAUACCUUUCAAUUGAAUACAUUGGAAAAGAUUUGGAGAUAAAGAAUUAGAAUAUUUUUGGGCAGUGUAUAUUAAAUUCAAACUUAAGUAUUUGCAUAAAAAAUUGCAUUUUCAUUGCAAUUCAUUAGACAAAUAAAAUUGUGCCUAUAAACAUAUAGUUAUAUAAAGGUUAUAUAUUUUAUGUUAUAAACUAGUUUUAAUACUGUAGAUAUAGUAAUUUUAAAAAUAUUGUAUUAAGAGCUUAGACAUCAUUAAGAAAAUAUUUAAUGUUGUCAGUUGUAAAAAAGGAUAUUUUUGAUAAGUUUGGAAAUCUUAAGAAAAAGAACUAGUAUAUUUUUAGAUACUGUAUAUUACUUUAGUAUCUCUAUAAAAAAUUGCAUUUUCUUUGGAAUUCAUUAGAUACAAAAAAAUAUUUGUCUAUAAAUAUAUAAAAUCUGUAUUAUAAAUUUGCUAUUCAUUUAUAUAUCAAACAGUAAUAUGUUUUCUUAUUUUUUUAUUAGAUAAUUACCAUUUUUGUUGUAAGUUUUUACUCUGUUCAUAGUAUAAGAAAACAUAUGUUUUCUGAUUGAUUUAUAAAGAGACAAUCAUACAUUCCUUAUUUUAAUUUUAAAUUGUGUUUGCAUUCUAAUACAAUUGAUAAAAACAUUGAUGUAGUAGUAAGUACAGUAACUACAAAGGCAGUGAUUGUCCAUUUUAAAAAUAAAGGUUGUGUGUAA